AUUAACAUCAAACCCCACAAACAAUAAACAAAAUCUUCUAAAAAUAUCUUACUCUCUUUCGCUCUCUCUCUCUCUCUCUGAGCUCACCGACCCAACCUCUCCCUUUCUUUCCGACACCGUUUUGGUCUCUUUCUAUCUCUCUCUCUCUUCGAUUUUGUUUAGGGUUUGUUUGUUUAUGUUCUAUUAGAUCUCAGAUUCACUAUUCUUAAAAAAAAAAAAAAAAAAAAAUCUCCACCCUUAAUUUUCUGUUACUUUCUAGGGAUUUCAAAUUCUCGAUCUCUUCCAAUUUUCCUCUACAUUCUCUCAUAAAAUUUUUCUAAUCCCUAACUUCGCUUCUGAAUUCACAUCCAAUUUUCAAUUUCCUUCAGAUUUUUCCUGAUACGUUACUAUUUGGGAUUUUUUUUUGGGGGGUUUGGGAAUGGUGAGUUCAGAAGGGCUGAGUUCCUCGCCGGCUCCUCCGGCGGCGGCUGCGACGGUGGCGGUGGCGAAGAAAUAUGGCGUCACGGAGCCGAUAUCAAUGGCGGGGCCCACCAGAGCUGAUAGACAGAGGAGCAGAGACUUAGAGAAGUUCUUGGUGGAUGCGGGGCUUUAUGAGAGCAAACAAGAAGCUGAGAAGAGAGAGGAGGUGCUUCAUCGUAUUCGUCAGAUUGUAAAAGAUUGGGUUAAGCAACUUACUCGGUUGAGAGGAUACACGGACCAAAUGGUGGAGGAUGCAAAUGCUGUGAUUUUUACUUUUGGUUCAUAUCGACUUGGGGUACAUGGCCCUGGGGUUGACAUAGACACUUUAUGUGUUGGGCCAUCAUAUGUGAAUAGGGAGGAAGACUUCUUCUUUAUACUGCACAAUAUCCUGGCAGAAAUGGAAGAAGUUACUGAACUACAACCAAUUCCAGAAGCUCAUGUCCCAGUAAUGAAAUUCAAGUUUGAUGGACUUUCCAUUGACCUUCUUUAUGCAAGUAUUUCUCUCUUGGUUGUGCCAGAAGACUUGGACAUCUCUGAUGUGUCUGUAUUGUACAAUGUCGAUGAGCCCACUGUUCGAAGUUUUAAUGGCUGCAGGGUUGCAGAUCAAAUUCUUAAGCUUGUUCCAAAUGUUGAGCAUUUUUGCACAACACUCCGAUGCAUGAAGUUUUGGGCCAAAAGGCGUGGCGUUUAUUCCAAUGUGACUGGAUUUCUUGGGGGUGUGAACUGGGCACUUCUUGUAGCUCGUGUGUGCCAGCUUUAUCCUAAUGCAGUUCCUAGUAUGCUUGUCUCUCGAUUUUUUAGGGUUUAUACACAGUGGCGUUGGCCAAACCCUGUGAUGUUAUGUGCAAUUGAAGAGGAAGAACUUGGAUUUUCUGUAUGGGAUCCUCGUAAGAAUCCUCGAGACCGGACUCAUCACAUGCCUAUCAUAACUCCUGCUUACCCAUGCAUGAAUUCUAGCUACAAUGUUUCAACAAGCACCCUUAGGGUUAUGAUGGAGCAGUUCCAACAUGGUAACAAGAUUUGUGAGGAGAUAGAACUCAAUAAUGCUCAGUGGAGUGAUCUAUUUCAGCCAUACUUCUUCUUUGAAAGCUACAAGAACUAUCUGCAGGUUGACAUAGUUGCAGUUGAUACUGAUGACUUGCUUGCUUGGAAAGGCUGGGUUGAAUCUAGGCUGAGGCAAUUGACUCUGAUGAUUGAGCGGGACACAUUUGGGAAGUUGCAAUGCCAUCCUUAUCCUCACGAGUAUGUGGAUACAUCAAAGCAGUGUGCCCAUUGUGCCUUUUUUAUGGGUUUGCAAAGGAAACAGGGGGAGAUGGUCCAAGAAGGUCAGCAGUUUGAUAUCCGUGGGACUGUUGAUGAAUUCAGGCAAUCUGUAAACAUGUACUCGUAUUGGAAACCGGGGAUGGAAAUUUAUGUUUCUCAUGUUCGUAGAAGGCAAAUUCCUUCAUAUGUGUUUCCAGAUGGUUAUAAACGAACUCGACCCUCAAGGCCUACAGCCCAGCAGCAGGCUGAUAAAUCAUCUCAUGAAUAUGGUGAAGUUGGCGGGACUGGCUCCAGUGAGAGAUGCCUUAAGAGGAAAAACAGUUCUGAUGCAGUGGAUGUGAAACAAGGCAUGCCUGUAAAACGGCUAUCUAUUAGCCCUCAGAGACGGGAUUCGAUUUCUCCUGACAUUAUCAGUAAUAAGUUGAGCAGUGUGUCUUCAGAUAAUUUGGCAUCUCAUUCAGGGGGAAAUAAUGCAACUGCUGAAAGGAACAGAACUUGGCAGGUUGACACUGGUAAAGUGGAAGAUUUGGCAUCGAAUUGCAGGAUUACUGGGACUGGGUCUGUCGAGCAAGAUCGGAGCUCGAUGGAGGGUGCUAAAAGGUCCAAUUUGGAGCUAGUUGAAGCUCAAAAAAGGAUGCUAUGCCCAGAAGCUGAGACAGCAGGAUGUGCCUCAAAUUCCAGUAUUAUCACUACAACCCCUGCAAGUGAGGUCAGUUCCUGUGAAGAUGCUGGAUUUGGAUCAGUGGUAGGUAGCAGUGAGGGGAAUACUGGGAGUGUGGAAGGAAGCAUUGAAGGGAGUAAUAACAUAGGAUCUUCUGUGGCUGAUUCGUGUGAGGCACACUCAAUAUCUCCUUUGGAGAAUGGAUGCAUUUAUGGCGAUGGAGUUCUACAAGACGGAUAUCAGGAAGAGUUAGAGCCAAAUGCUGCAGUUGGGAUGGUAAUCAAUUCUAGGGGUGAAGCAAACUUGGAAGCUGUGGAGAAACCAGUUGUAAGCAGGCUGAGUUUAACGUCAACGGCGUGAAAGAUUAGAAGUUGGGUCAAUGGCUAUAUUUGGCUGCGAAAACAUUUUGCCCAGAAUAGAAAGACAGAAAGCCAGCAGUUCGGGUAAGUGUUAUUUUAAUUGCUGGCUUUCAUUUCUUUCUUUUUUUCAGGCAUACUUGCUUAGUCUGCAUUGCGGAUUGGGAACCAAUCGGCACCAACUGAAAGACACCUGUGGGGGUUAUACUCUGCCAUGUGUACAGAUAAUACUCUUUUUAAGUUAUGCUUUUCUGCUUGAGCUGUCUGCUCUCUUGCUCAUGGGAGUAUAGAUGCUCUAGUGUUUAGCAGUUAGUCAUAGGUUGUUCCUUUGUGAUUUUUUUUUUCGAUUUAAGUUUGUGAAUCAGAAAAAUAGGAAAAAAAAGAAAAAAAAUUUUGAAAAGAAAAAAAAAAAAACCAAAAGGAUGGAGAUUGUGUGUUCUUUGGUUAGGGUUGAGGUCUUGUUUAUAUAGUAGUGCCUAUGAUUUGAGGUUAGGCUGUGAAACUUGUGUACACUGGUUGCUUUGUAAUAAUAUUUUAUAAUGUUGAACCUCU